GGCUCGGGAGGGCUGUGGCGGCGAGCCAUCCGAGUAGGCCGCGGCCUCUUGCCUCAGCCGGCGGGAAGCCGUAGGGCCCGGCCGGCCUGGAAGCGGCCCUCGGCGGCUCGGCAGGGAAGCAGCGGCCCCUGCGGGGGAUGGCGCCGCGGCCUGGCUGGAAGCGGAGCCUGCCGCCGUAGGAAGCGCCGCUGGGCGCGCGCGGGAGCAUGUCGCUCUACGACGACCUGGGCGUGGAGACCAGCGACUCCAAGACCGAGGGCUGGUCCAAGAACUUCAAGCUGCUGCAGUCGCAGCUGCAGGUCAAGAAGGCGGCGCUCACCCAGGCCAAGAGUCAGCGGACGAAGCAAAGCACGGUUCUUGCUCCUGUGAUUGACCUGAAGCGAGGUAGUGCUCCUGAUGAGCGGCAGAUUGUUGAUACUCCACCUCACGUGGCAGCUGGCCUGAAGGAUCCUGUUCCCAGUGGCUUUUCUGCGGGAGAUGUGUUGAUUCCUUUGGCUGAUGAGUAUGAUCCUAUGUUCCCCAAUGAUUACGAAAAAGUAGUAAAGCGUCAGCGGGAAGAACGGCAAAGGCAGCGUGAGUUGGAGAGACAGAAAGAAAUUGAGGAGAGAGAGAAGAGGCGCAAAGACAGGCACGAGGCCAGUGGAUUUUCCAGACGGCCGGAUCCGGAUUCUGACGAAGAUGAAGACUAUGAAAGGGAAAGACGAAAAAGAAGUAUGGGAGGAGCUGCCAUUGCACCACCAACUUCUUUGGUUGAGAAGGACAAAGAGCCGGUAUCAUCAUUCCCGUACGAAGAAGAGUCCAGGCCUCGAGGCUCAUCUUCCAAAGCAGCCAUCCCUCCCCCCAUGUAUGAUGAGCCUGAAAGGCCUCGAUCCCCGUCCGGGCCCAGCAACUCCUUCCUUGCCAAUAUGGGGGGCACGGUGGCACACAAGAUCAUGCAGAAGUAUGGCUUCCGAGAGGGCCAGGGGCUCGGGAAGCACGAGCAGGGCUUGAGCACUGCCCUGUCGGUGGAGAAAACAAGCAAGAGGGGCGGCAAAAUCAUCGUUGGCGAUGCGGCUGAUAAAGCAGAUGCAUCCAAGAAGUCCGAUUCAAACCCUUUAACAGAGAUAUUAAAAUGCCCUACCAAAGUGGUUCUGCUACGGAAUAUGGUUGGAGCUGGGGAGGUUGAUGAAGAUCUUGAAGGCGAAACUAAGGAGGAAUGUGAAAAAUAUGGCAAAGUUGGGAAGUGUGUCAUCUUUGAGAUUCCGGGUGCUCCUGAUGAUGAAGCUGUGAGAAUAUUUUUAGAGUUCGAAAGGGUGGAAUCUGCAAUUAAAGCGGUUGUCGAUCUGAAUGGAAGAUACUUCGGAGGACGGGUGGUGAAGGCAUGUUUCUACAACCUGGACAAAUUCAGAGUCUUGGACCUCGCGGAACAAGUCUGAUCACGCUUUUUUCCUAGACAUCAAACAUGGAUGUGUCACAUCUUGGCAUCUUGAUUUUUCAGCUGUGUUGGGAGUGCAGCGAGCGACAACAUCAUCCCUAGUAAACUGGAAAUACGUCUGAAUGGGUUCCUUCUCCUGUUUGUGUUGGACACAAUUUCUUUUUAUUUUUGUUGUAGUAUAAAAUUCCUUAAAGAUAUUAUCUGAUUUUUCUUUUUUAAGAUCCAGUGUUUUUUUCCUUCACUGUUGCCACCAAAUCCUCUUGUAUUUUAUUGAUGAGGCAGUACUUCUCUGAAGCUUUGCUUUUCUCAAGUGAUUAAGGCUCAUAUUGUCACUACAUGAAUGAAACCUGUGCUCAAAAGCUCCAAAUCCCUUAUUUGCCAUCACAUCUGGGUUCGGCAAAUUUGUAGGCAGAACCCAGUGGGAAUUGCUUCCUCCCCUUCCGCCCUGCUUCCAGGGAACCUGAACGUGCUAUUUUCUGAAGGAAAGGCAGGUCAUCAGAGUAUUUCUGCAUCAUUAUAUUUCUAUUCGUUGGGGCUUCCUUGAGGGAAACACUAAAUCUCCCUUGACAAGGACCCAUUCUUGCAGAAAAUAAUUGCCCAGGUGGGAAAGACGCAGCCAAGACACAAGUGGCCUGUUAGAUUCUGCCCUGUGGUUUACUGCUAAAUCAGAAGCCAGAGAGAGAAUUGAAGCAAAGAAGAAAAUGAUUAAAAGCCUUGUUCAUUUAGCACUAAAACAUCAUUUGGCAUUGCAUCUAAUCCAGCCCAGACUGCCAGGAAGGUCGGUGGGAGUUCUCUCCUCAUUCUAGCCCUCAGUAGCCCGCAGUGCUAGAUAGACCAGUGGUCUGAUAUGGUCUAAGGUAGGUUGAGCUUCCAUAUAGCCUGAAGUGCCUGGUCCUGCCUCAUCUCAGAAGCUAAGCGAGGUCAGGCCUGGCUAAUACUUAUAUGGGAGACGAAUCCUGCCUUGAGCAGAGGGUUGGACCCGAUGGUCACCUUAGACCCCUUCCAACUAUGGUUUGAUCUAGUUAUGUUUCUCCUCGAUCCAAGUGCUUCUUUUCUGGACUAUCAACUGUCACAGCUUUCCCCAGACUGAAAGAAUUUCUCUUUGCUUUGCAGCAGAUUCCAAAACUUUUUUGGAGUUAAGGUAUUUCUUUGUGCCUUUCCCCCAGCCCCAUAGCCAGUAGCAAAGAACCCUGCACACCAAUAUUUCCUUAUUGUUUGGCCAGGAGCUCCGCAGUUUUAAUGCUUCUAUUAUUGUUGGGAUUUGCCUCGUUUGUGAUGUGAGAACUAUGGUGGAUCUCCAGCCUGCCCUUCUCCUCCCCUACUGCCUCCUGCUAGUUUUAAUGACCACAGUUACUUAGGUUUGGAGAAAAAUAACCUCAGGAAGAAAACUUUUUAAAACAAUCCCACGAAACCCUAGACAAUCUCUGAAAUGCUCUUUAAUGAAUUAAGAAAAUGAAAUGAAAGCAACUGCAUUCAGAGCCAAAACACUUGGUGUGCAUGCUAGAAGUGUCAUCUCGGGCACUCCCUUCUCACUAGUAAAGGAACACGGAUUUCUUGAAUUUCACUUCUACAGACGUGAUGGCAAACCUAGCACUGAGCAUACUUUUAAUGAGGAAAGAAAUCAGUGUUGAGGUCGUUCACUUUGUCAACGAUGUUUACUUAUUUAAUUUGCAUAAAUUAUGAGGAGUAUAUCUACCUAUAUAUUUUAUAUAGUGUUUCUGUUUCAAGGACAAAGUCAUGAGAAACACUUCCUGCUUCUGUCCUAUGUUCUUCUCAGGAUCCUGCUCGAUGAGGAGCUUGAGAGUUUGCAUUUUCAAACCGAGUAGUCACUGUUUCACGGUACAAUACUGGAUUUUAAUGUGGGCACUGAUACUUUGAGGAUACUGAUUCUGUGCACAGUUUUUCUGUGUUACUUAAAUACAAAUAGAACCUUGGCACUAAAUUCUCAUACCACC